UUGAAACGAACACAACACAAUACACAACAGACUAUAUUAUACUCUCAUCUCAUUCAUCCUUCUCUCUUUGGUUGGGAUCAGCAUUUCACUCAUUCUCAUAUUAUAUGGAUUCAGAGUCUUCAAAGGACGCUCUAGGCGUCCGAAGAAAGGUAAAGUUUGCGCCAAGAGCUCCACCUCGACGAGUGCCAAAGCCACAAGUUAAAACUGAAGCGGUUGAGGAUGCUGAUGCUGCUGCAGCAAACCAGGCUAAGGAUCUGUUGCGUCGUUUCAAUGAGAGUGCAAUGAAGGCAAAGAACAAGGUUGAGAAAAAAGUGUCAGCUUCACAAAUUGCUUUUGGUUAUGGUGGUGAGGCAACUUCUAUGAAAUCAUAUGGUAUUCCCAGGGGUGCCAACAUCAACCAGAAUUCAACAUUCAGUGAGGCGAGACAGAAAGAAUACAAAGAACCAUGGGACUAUUACACUAAUUAUCCAGUAACUCUUCCCUUGAGGAGGCCUUAUUCCGGAAACCCAGCACUUCUUGAUGAGGAGGAAUUUGGGGAGGCUGAAGAGUCCAGAACUUAUGAUGAAAAUGCAUCAAACCAAGCGAUGGAUCUUGGUCUUUUGGAGGAAAACCUAAAGGAAAGUAUGUUCUUGGUUAAUUUGCCUCCGAUGUUGCCUAUGAUUAAACAAUCAGCUACUGCUGGAGGCCAAGAUGUUAAUGUGAAAUCUAAACCUCCUGGAUCUUCAAAAGAUGUGGAGAAGCCCUGUAAGUUGAGCGAGUUACCUACCGGCUUCAUGGGUAAAAUGCUUGUAUACAGAAGUGGUGCAGUCAAGCUGAAGCUUAGCGAUACCCUUUAUGAUGUUUCCGCAGGUAUGAAUUGUGUAUUUGCCCAAGAUGUGGUUGCUAUCAAUAGUGCACAAAAACAUUGUUGCACAAUUGGGGAGAUCAGCAAGCAUGUUACUGUAACCCCGGAUAUAGAUGCCAUAAUUGACGAUUUGCCUGAUUUGUGAUAAAUAUCAAAUCAUUCUGUUUUCAAAUAGUUUUCUUUUUAUUUACGGAUUUGUUAAAAUUAUGUCAUAAACAAUGAAAAGAGAAGAAAUAAAACAGUAUGAAGUUUUUUUUUUCUUGAUUGAAACGUGAAUUGCAGAAGUUAUCAUCUGCUUGCUCGAGGAAAGAAAAAUAGAC